UCCUCGUCCGUACCGCCCAGGUUCUGUUGGUAAAUUAAAUUCCGGGGUACACUAGGAGCUCCGUGGCGCCGCCUUUAAUCUCUCAGAAGGAAACCCCUAUUCCCCACCGCGAGCCAGGCCUUCGACCGCUAUGGAAGAACAGCAGGGGCAAGGAAGCCACGCCACUCUAGCACUCGCCCAGGCUCAUUUUGACAAGGGCGAGCACACGGAAGCCGAGGCGCUGUACUCCGCUUACAUUCGCCAGUGCGCUUGUGCAGCGCCCGUCGGCGUGCGUCCGGGAAGUAAAUGCAGCCCUGAGGAUUUGGCUACUGCAUAUAACAACAGGGGGCAAAUCAAGUACUUGAGGGUUGAUUUUUUUGAAGCCAUGGAUGACUACUCAUCUGCCAUAGAAGUCCAGCCCAGUUUUGAAGUUCCGUAUUACAACAGAGGGUUGAUAUUGUACAGGCUGGGAUAUUUCGAUGAUGCUUUGAAAGAUUUCAAGAAAGUACUAGACUUAAAUCCUGGAUUCCAAGAUGCUGCUCUGAGCUUAAAACAGACUAUUUUAGACAAAGAAGAAAAACAAAGAAGAAAUACUGGAAAAAAUUACUGAAAUUUUUAACUCAGUUGAACUAUUAAUUCAUGAUUCUUACAUCUGCUUCUAGGGGCUCUGAUUUAGAGUAGCUCUUUUGAUUUAUAUUUAAGAUUUAUGCAUUGGUACUGAGAGUUCAUGUACUUAAGGUUGUUAAUUUCAGGUUGAGAAACUGUCAAUGUGUAAAUAAUAUUGAUGUAUAAUUGUAUAUUAUUACAGUGAAAUAUUUAAAGAAAUGUGUGGUAUUUUCUUCAGUGGAACUUCUGAUUUUUGCUACUUUAUUCCCAAUUUCUAAUUAAAAAGUUUUUCAUCUGCAGAGAAGUUGAAAGUGUAUGGGUGUUACUGCCAUCACCUAGAAAUGCUUCCCUUGGACUCAUCGGUUGUUAACAUCGUGCUACAUUUGUUUCUCCUCUAUGUUUAAAAAGGGAAAUGAGAGGGAGGUGGGGUAGGAAAGAUUGUGGACUGAGACAGACAUCAUUACCCUAUGUACACGUAUGAUUGCACGAAUGGUGUGAAUCUACAGCAUGCACAACCAUAGAAAUGAAAUGAUGUACCCCAUUUGUGUACAGUGUAUCAAAAUGCAGUCUGUAAAAAUAAAACCCCCCCCCAAAAAACAAAAAGAAAAUACUUUUUGCUGAACCACUUGAGAAUAAGAAACAGACAUCACGGUACUUCACCCCUAAAUGCUUCAGCUUGUCCCUACCAAGAAUAAAGACAUCCUCCUUAUAAGCACGAUAGCAUGAUAACACUUAGUAUGAAUUAAAAUUUCAUAAAACCUUCCGUAUCCAGCCCACAUUUAGAUUUGCCAAAUUAUUUCCAAAUGUGUUGAUUUUUAUUCGGGGGUCUAUAACCAAUCAGGUUUCAUUGCAUUGUGUUAUGUCUCUGAGUUCUUUUAAUCUAGAAUCGUCCGUCCCCUGUUCAUUUUCUACCCACUGCACUUGCUUUGAGAGUAAAGCUAUUUUUAUGUGGCUAGGAUACAGAGACAUGACAUUUGGGCUUAAAAAUAAAGAUAUGUCUUGCAGGAGAGCAGUCUAAAAGAACUCAGCUUGUACUUUGUUUUCUCUAGAAAUCAUGGAUAAGAGGUUAAGGUUUUAAAUAUUGCACCUACCUUUCUGUCUCUGGAUAAUGACCGUAAUUAUUGUCCUCAGCACUUACUGAAUACUUACAAUAUACUUACCAUAUAAACAGCACUGUUCAAACUAAUGAUUUGGGGUGGUAUGGGGGUGGAUAGAGAGGUAAGGAUUUGUCAGAAACACGUGGUAAAUGUAAAGCUUUAAAAAUCCCAUUUUAUUGUGUGCUGCCAAUAGGCAAUUGGGCUCUGAUGAGGCUCUCAGGAACUGGGAAGAGCUUGAAGGGAAAGCAAGCCAAAGCCAGCAUGUCCCAUCUAUAGUUGAAAAUUUUUAUUGUUGUGGUUUGGCUUUCAAAGAUACAGACCCUCAUCUUGAGAUCUACCAAACUAGUUGAUUGCUGCUGCAGGAAAGUUAUUCUGGGAUGGAAAUUACCCUCCUGGGAAAAAAGGAAAGUGUGUUUGCCUGGUGUCUCCGGAGGAAGGCGCAGCCGAGCUUCUGUGGCUUUCUCAGACGCAAUCGCCAUCAUUGGCCUUAAUAAUUUUUUUUUUUUUUUUAAGUAAAAGAGGUCUCAUGAAGCAGACAAACUAAUUGCCUUGUUUAUAGUUCAUAAAUAAUAUCUGGCAAGACACAUGGAGAAUUUGGGCUGCAGGUGAAUGCCUAUGAAGAGGAAAUGAAGUAAGAUGGCCAGAAGUGAAGUCUAUAUUUCUGGAAUUAGUCACAUUUUCCAAUAUGAUUUAUCUCUUCAUUUGUUGGAAAUGGCUUUAAAAGAAUUUAUAAAGUUGCAUGAAAACAGAAAAAUCCCUUUUAAGAAAAAUUUUUUACCUUUUUUUUUAAGUGAAGUCUCUAGACCUUGGGAGAGUUUAAAACCAUUCCACUCAAGAGGAUACUUAAAUACUACUUAUAUAACUUUAUUUUUUUCUUGGCUUGUAUUCUCUUCUUUAUUCUUGACUGAGAUCAGAUAUAAUAUGAAAAAGAAAACUUGUUAAAAAUUUUCAUUUGGUUGUCUGAAUUUUAUUCAAAGUUUCUUCAUCCUUUUUCAGGGAAAAUAUCACCGAAGUUCAGAAUCAGCACUUGCUUAUUGGGGACACAGGCACUUAUUUUUUUUUUUCUCAUUAAGUGGAAAUAACAAGGAAAUAAUACAUUUACCUCAUUUAUCAUCUUUAAAAUGAGGCAUUACACAUUCAGGUUCUAAGUUUCUGAUUGCCUAAAUGAUACAUUUGAUAUUUACCUCAGAGAUACUCUUAUGUUCAUUAUUGUUCCCAUAUGUCAGUAUUUGUUGAGUUCUUUUCCUUUUUCUACUAGAAAAGUGCCUAAACUGAAUUGUUCCAUUCUUUUCUCUCUACAAAGCAGAUGAUGAUUAUGGUUUGUUAUAAGAAUUGUCUUUCACAGA